AUGGCGGAACCUCAUGUGGCGCCGUCCGCCAAGAAUAGCAGCAAGUUGGGAUACACGACAUUCCUCACAUUCGCCAUCCUCACCUUGGCAUGGGUGGUCGGAUUCGCUUCUCGGUUGUUCGCUAUAGUUAGAUUUGAGUCUAUCAUUCAUGAAUUUGAUCCAUGGUGAGUACUUUCGCAUCCUUACUGAGCAUUUUGUGUUUAGGUUCAAUUACCGAGCAACAGCAUACAUGGUAGAGAAUGGGUUUUACAAGUUCUUAAAUUGGUUUGAUGAACGAGCAUGGUAUCCUUUGGGAAGAAUCGUUGGAGGAACGGUAAGAAACUCCUAAAUGUUGCGUUUUUUCCAAAGCAUGUUUGAAAUGUUGUCUUUUUAAAGGUCUUCCCCGGGUUGAUGGUCACCUCUGGUGCCAUUCAUCAUGUCCUCAAUUCCUUGAACUUCCCAGUCCACAUCCGUGAGGUCUGUGUCUUCCUGGCGCCAUUCUUCAGUGGUCUUACAGCUAUUGCAACAUAUUUGUUGACAAAAGAGGUCUGGUCUGCUGGAGCAGGACUCUUCGCUGCGUGCUUUAUUGCGAUUGCUCCGGGGUACACAUCCCGAUCAGUCGCUGGUUCUUAUGACAAUGAAGGAAUUGCUAUCUUUGCUCUGCAAGUAAGUUUUGAAUAUAUAUAUAUAUAUAUAUAUAUAUAUAUAUAUAUAUAUCUUUUAUUUAUUUUCCAGUUUAUAUUAACAUUACUUGUUUUAGUUUACUUACUUCUUAUGGCUCCGUUCCGUUCGUACUGGCUCGGUUUUUUGGGCAGUUCUGACCGCUCUGUCCUACUUUUACAUGGUUUCUGCUUGGGGUGGAUAUGUAUUCAUCAUCAAUCUGAUCCCUCUGCAUGCCCUUGUCCUCAUAUUGAUUGGAAGAUACUCAAACAGAUUAUACAUUGCGUUUACGGUGUUUUAUUGUCUUGGAGAACUCUUGGCUAUGCAAGUUCCUUUUGUUGGUUUCCAACCAGUCAAGACUUCUGAACAUAUGGCUGCUUUUGGUGUUUUCGGUAUACUUCAGGUAAGGUUGUUAUUCGUUAUAAAUUAUGUUCUUCUUUUAGCUAGUUGGAGCCCUGAAAUACAUGCAAAGUCGGAUUAACCGGCAGCAAUUCUUAGUGCUUUUUGCCGCCGUUGUGGGAUUGACGAUUGUUUUGGGAGUUUUGGUAAUCGCUCUUUUGACCUACGCCGGAUAUAUUGCUCCGUGGUCUGGUCGAUUUUACUCUCUUUGGGAUACGGCCUAUGCGAAAGUGCACAUUCCCAUAAUUGCUUCAGUAUCAGAGCAUCAACCCACCACUUGGGUUUCCUUCUUCUUUGAUCUUCACAUUUGUGCCGCCGUUUUCCCUGCCGGGCUCUGGUUCUGCUGUCAAAAUGUUACUGAUUCCCGUGUUUUUAGUAAGUAGAGAGCACAAGGAUUUUUAUGCUUUAUUUUUAGUUAUUCUCUACGCCGUUACUGCUGCAUACUUUGCCGGUGUCAUGGUUCGGUUGAUGCUGACCUUCACUCCCGUUGUUUGUGUGCUUGCCGGUAUCGCCUUCUCGGUUAUCUUCGAGAAAUACAUGGUGGAUGACACUCAGCCCCGAAAGGAAGAAUCAAUCAGUGAGAAGAGACUCUAUGACAAAGCCACCAAAGCAAAGCCUCAGCCUAAAGUUGCCCAUGAAAGUGACGAUGUCGGGAUGAAUGGAAGAACUGGAGUCAGUCUGGCCUUGUUAUUCAUCUUGUUGAUGUAUGUUGCUCAUUGUACGUAUGUAACAAGCAAUGCCUACUCUCAUCCAAGUGUUGUUCUGCAGUCGUCGACUAACGACGGGUGAGUUGGCUCACGAAUUGACUGUUUCUAUUUUGAAAAUGUUGCUUUUAGUGGUCGUUACAUUAUGGAUGACUUUCGCGAAGCAUAUUAUUGGCUCCGAAAGAACACCCACGAAGACGCUAAGGUGAUGUCGUGGUGGGACUAUGGAUAUCAGAUCGCCGGAAUGGCCAAUCGGACUACAUUGGUCGACAAUAACACUUGGAAUAACUCUCAUAUUGCGAUGGUGGGGAUGGCAAUGUCAUCAAACGAGAGCUUCUCCUAUGAGAUAAUGAAGUCUUUGGACGUGGAUUAUGUCCUUGUCAUCUUCGGUGGAAUGAUUGGAUAUUCGGGAGAUGAUAUCAACAAGUUCUUGUGGAUGGUCAGAAUUGCCGAGGGAGAACAUCCCAAGAUCAUCAAGGAGAGCGAUUACUUUACGGAAAGUGGAGAAUACAGUGUUGGGCCAAAUGCUCCGAAGGCAAUGACCGACUCAAUAAUGUACAGGAUGUCUUACUACAGGUUUGGGGAAGUUAGGGUAAGUGUAGAUAUCAUGAUAAUUAUUUUGAAGCUUAUUGAAUAACGGCCAUUGUUUUUUUUUCAGAUGAGCUUCAACCAUCCCGGCGGAAUGGAUAGAACAAGAGGAUACGCCAUUGGAUUCAAGGAUUACAAGCUGGAGCAUCUGGAAGAAGCGUACACUACUGAGAACUGGCUGGUUAGAAUAUUCAAGGUGGUCGAUAAGAGCAACCGACCGAAGGUCAAAUAUUCGGACAGGAAAAUCAAGUCCAAGAAAUCACCAGCUAUUAGCAAGAAGGUAGGAAGGAGAUUAAUGAGUAAAUCGAUUGAUAUCGUCAUUUCAGAACAAAAACAACAAGAAAGGUGUCAUCAAGGCCUAG